ACUUAACUUGUCCUACGCAGGCCAGGAUGUCGGCUGUCGCACAGAAGAAAAAGUGAAGAUCGUGUCAAAACAAAUACAAGUAGUGUGCUGUAUAUGAGUAGAAGUUUGGUUGUUCAAUAUGUUGGACUUUUUCGCUGUCAUUACCAAAGGAGGCUUGGUUCUAUGGUAUUUUCAAGAUGCAGCACAACAGCUCAAAACGUCUAUAGACGCCAUCAAUGCAUUAAUUAGGAAUGUUGUGUUACAGGAAAGAGGAGGAGGGUCUGGGAUGUACAGUCAUGGCAGCCUGGCUAUCAAAGAACAGUUAGAUAAUGAAUUUGACUUGCUGUUUGUUGCUGUUUACCAGAAGAUAUUACAGCUGUCGUAUGUGGACAAAUUUUUAUCAGAUAUCCAGCGUGAGUUUCGAGAGCGAUACAGAGAUGAAUUGCGAAAUGGUUUAUAUUAUCAGAGUUUUGAUUUCUCUAGUGAAUAUGAGAGAAUUCUUCGGCAAGCAGAGGACACGUCAAGAAUGGUCAAAUUAGAAGUAAAGAAACCUCGAACCUUUGAACAGUCAUUAAAAUCUAAGAAAACUGUUUCUUCCAUGAUUGAAAAAAGAGGUGGAGAUCAGCCAAAAAAAACUCCAAAGAAAAAGGAAGGUAAAGGGAAGAAGAGAAAUGGUGAAUGCAAUAAUAAUAGCAAAGAGAGCAGGAUUGAGGAGAUUGAGGAUGUGGAGGAAGAGGAGGAAGACAUAAAUGAAGAUGUGGAUGAUGUUGAAGUGUCAGCAGUUAAGGAGAAUGAAAGCUGUGAAUUAGAUGAGGAGGCUCUUGAAAAAAAUAGGGAAAAACUGCGCAACAGGAUGCAGCGUACUCCAAAGGUGACUAAGGCAGAGAAGACAAAAAGCCCUAAAGCUGUUAAGAAGGGAAAGGAAGCAACUGUCUGGGAUCUUGAUGGGAAAGAUUCAAAGAGUCUAGAUUAUUCAUCAAAAGUUCCUUCUUCUAAUUCUGGGAUAUCCUCUUUUCGUCCUGAUUUUCUUCCUGACCAAUCUCAGAUUGGUACACUGUCUGGAAACCUGAAGGACAUGGAUAUUCCUUCUGAAAAAGAGUCUUCAGUCAAAAAGUCAUCAGGUGGUAUGUUUUCUAUGUUUAAGAGUUUGGUUGGAGGAAAAACUCUUACUGAGGCCGAUAUAGCUCCUGUGUUGGAGAAGAUGAAAGACCACCUUAUUGGUAAGAAUGUUGCUGCUGAAAUUUCCAUCAAAUUGUGCCAGUCUGUUGGCCAGAAACUUGAAGGCAAGGUCAUUGGUACUUUUGAUGGUGUCACAGCAACAGUCCGUAGUACUUUGACCGAGGCUUUAGUGCAGCUUCUAACUCCGAAACGUCGUAUCGAUGUCUUACGUGAUGUUGUAGAGGCUAAAGCCAAUGGUAGGGUGUAUACCAUGGUCUUCUGUGGUGUAAACGGUGUUGGAAAAAGUACCAAUUUAGCCAAGAUUACUUUCUGGCUCAUUGAAAAUAACUACCGGGUCCUCAUCGCUGCUUGUGACACCUUCCGAGCUGGAGCUGUAGAACAGUUGAGAACACAUAUGCAUCACUUGAAUGCUCUUCAUCCACCAGAGAAGCAUAAUGGCAUUUCAAUGGUUCAAUUAUUUGAACAGCUUAUAAUGGUGAAUGAGCCUCACCUCACCCUUUUUGUGGGUGAGGCAUUAGUGGGAAAUGAAGCAGUGGAUCAGCUAGUAAAGUUCAACAGGGCUCUAGCAAAUCAUUCAGUAAAACAUCCGCCUCAAGGCAUUGAUGGAAUUGUCCUUACCAAGUUUGAUACCAUUGAUGACAAGGUUGGGGCUGCUAUUUCUAUGACAUACAUCACUGGACAACCCAUUGUAUUUGUUGGUACCGGUCAGACAUAUACUGAUUUGCGGAAGUUGGAUGCAAAGGCCGUCGUUUAUGCGCUUAUGAAGUAAACUUUCUUUGAAAUUGAAGGCUGUGAUGGAUUGGGUCUUUAUUGUGGUUCUUUAAUAACCUUUCCUUUAUGACUAUUUUAUCUUGUCUACUGUAGUAGUUCACAUCUGUUACUCACUUAAGUUAGAAACUAGCUUAAUUCUCUAUGCUGGGUAAGUUAUAAAGAGUAUACAUGUCAGCUGGUAGUUAUUCUGAUAUCCAGGGUGUUCAGAGGCAUUCAUGGCAUAGUAAUACCAUGAUACUGAUGCAAAAAGUUUGCAAAUGAAAAGUGAAUGUUUCUUUUGUAUUUUUAACCUUCAAAGACAAUAUUUUUUUAAUUAUUAACAAAAUGUAAGCUAAUUGCAUUUCAGAUAAUAGAAAAAUUACUUUGUAGAAGAACAAACAGUAAUAUGAUACCUCUUAAUCUCAUUAGCUGAAGAUAUUAAUUUUCAUGUCUGGAGUCUCCUGUCAGAAAUGGAGGAGCAUCUGUGCUACCCAGCAUUUAAGGAUUAAUCAUAGUUGCAAGAUAAAGGCUUAAUAUAAUUGUAUUUUUAUAUAUAUUUAUCUUUAGGUCAUGAAACUUAAAACCUCCUUUGGUUUACUUUACCCCCAAGUUAUCCAUGGAAUUUAUUAUUUUAACCUGGUUCUGUGCAUUUUAUCAAAUUGUGAAAUUUAAAGUAUAUUGUAGACACCAAAUGUAGUUUUUCUCAAAGUAAAGGAUUGUGUAAAUUGUAUUUUUUGUAACCCACUGGAACUUUGCUGCAUAGUAUAUGCGGAUUUUCAUAUCUAUAGAAUUUCCAUGUAUCUUUUUUUUAAUGUACAUUAUGAAAUUUCUAUAUGUGUUUAUUGAAAAGUCUUGUGUAAUCAUUCUCUGUUCUCCUUCCCAUACCAUUCCAUUUGUUACUUUGAUCCCAUUUUUAACCUUAGGCUUAUUGUCUUUGUUAAGAAUAAGUUAUUUUCCCAUCAUAAUAUUCUUUAUUCUGUCACAGUUGUAUGUAAAAGUCAUUAUACUACAUAUUUUAAAAAAUGAAAAAAUGAAGUAUCCUUGAAUUUUGAUACAUGAUGGAUGCCUACAUAUAAACUGGAAGCCAUGGAUGAGUUCCAAUUUUUCAUUUUUGUGGUACAAGGAAUAAGUUCAUGCAUAAAGUAUACCUCUGCAAUAUGUAAUAUCCAGUGAAAUUAUCACUGCUGGAAGACAAGAAAUAUAUGACUUCAUUUAA